UCUAUCACUCGCAGAAACGUGCUCCAACCCACAUAGAACUCAAUUUUACUGUGGGCGUUGAGAAAGAAGCGGAGGCAAAAAUGCAAGGUGGCGCAGCCGACGGAGAAGCCUUGGAUUUCGAGCCCGAGGACGAUGACUUGAUGGACGAGGACGGCGCCCCCGACGCCGACGCUUCUCCGCCUCACCCGAAACUUAAAUCAGCCAUCACCGCCGCGGCCACUACCUCUCUCUCCGCCCCCAAGAAGACCAAGGGUCGCGGUUUCCGUCAGGACACCGACGCCAACCGCAACACUCGCCUCUCUGGCUCCGACUUCGACUCCCUCACCACCGAGGGUGGCCCUGGCCCACAGAGAUCCAUUGAAGGAUGGAUCAUUCUGGUGACCGGCGUGCACGAGGAAGCGCAAGAGGAUGAUUUGCAAAAUGCCUUUGGUGAAUACGGAGAAAUUAAGAACCUGCAUUUGAAUCUCAAUCGCCGCACUGGUUUUGUCAAAGGUUAUGCACUGAUUGAAUACGAGCGUGCUGAAGAAGCUCGAAAUGCAAUAGAGAAUUUGAAUGGAUCCGAGCUUCUUACCCAAACCAUUUAUGUUGACUGGGCCUUCAGCAGUGGACCUAUUAAUGAGUCAGUCAGAAGGAAGAAUGCUAGAGCACCUCGUGAACGGCGCUCCAGGAGCCCCAGGAGGAGAUAUUGACAUGUUUAUUGAGUAAAUGUUUGUGUUGAUGUGUGUGGACCGUUAAAUAGCAGCUUGGUUUUAUUGCUAUGGCUGUGGAGGAUUUUUCUGAAGUUGUGCUUCCGUCAGGCAAAAUACAUAUUUGAUGCUGGCGAUUUUCAUCGGAUACAUCCCUUGUUGAAUGCUUUAAACUUUUAGCUAGUGUAUUUUGGUGUUUGCUGUUUAACACUCAAUUGUUUCAUUAUAGUAACGUGUUUUGGAUAUGCUUUUUCUUACAUCUAACGUUGUUCUGUUGAGGAACGUAGGGUCUCUUUUCGUUUGCAGCUUGUUUCUGCUACAUGUUAAAGUUUGUGUCGGAGCCUCUUUUUUCCCUUUUUUUUUGUUUUUUCAAUUUAUGGAUGUUUUUCUCAUAUCUUUUUA